AUAUCUAGAUCUGCGAAUAGGGAGCGUUGUGCCGAUGACUAUAGAUUUUCUUGGGCGAAGUUAUCGACGAAACCGCACUUAAACUUAGCCACUUUAUUUUAAUAUAUCCGUUUGUGUACGUGUGAUCAACUGUGAUCCUUACUUAAUAGUUGACUAGAUUUUUUUCGCUAUUUUACCGACAGAGGGACCUUACACCUUUCCGUUUUUGCGCAAGUAAGCUCUUGAAACUUUGUUUUCAUAUUUCGAAGAGUGCCGUUUGGCGGCGAUAAUUAAAGGCAAAAUACUUUUUUGAGCAACUACUUAUUUACUUAAUCUAUUUCUCCCGCGUUCUCUAAAAUUGGCAGUUAUGGCGGCGACCAGCGUCGUUGCUCUAGAUCGGGGAAACAACACCACUUGCACAAUCAAUCUACAUGGAGCUACUGUGGUAUCGUGGAGAGUCAACAAUCAAGAGCAGCUCUUUGUCAGUAAACAAGCAGUUUUUGACGGUAAAAAAGCUAUUAGAGGUGGUAUCCCGUUUGUAUUCCCUCAAUUUGGUGCCUGGUCGUUUGGACCUCAGCAUGGUUUUGCUAGGAUUAUUCAAUGGCAUCUUGAAAAAGCACCCGAAAAGCUACCAACUGGGGAUGUAGAAGCAGUUUUUUCACUCAUGGACUCUGAGUUUUCUAGGUCCAUGUGGAAUUAUCCAUUUCGCCUUACUUACAGACUGAUUUUGAGGGAAAAAGAACUACAUUUUAACAUUGCUGUUUACAAUCCCAGUAAAGACUUGACCUUCAGCUUUAAUAUGCUUCUGCACACGUACUUUAAAGUUCCUGACGUGAGAAGGUGCCAAAUCACUGGAUUGCAAGGAUGUACUUUUAUUGACAAGACGAGGGACGCUACAAUCUAUCAAGAGGCCAGAGAUGUAGUUACCAUUAAUGAUUGGACAGACAGAAUUUAUCAAAAUACUCCUCAGGAGCACAUCAUAACCAAUGUAGUGUCUGGAAGAAAAAUGCGUAUCCAAAAGUAUAAUUUUCCAGACACUGUUAUUUGGAACCCCUGGCUGGACCACGCAAAGGACAUGCCAGAUUUUGGUGAUGAUGAAUAUCCGAAUAUGGUGUGUGUUGAAGCUGGACAUGUGUCCAGUCCUGUGAUUCUGCUGCCUGGUACAGCUUUUGAAGCAAGUCAGAUAUUGCAGGUUAUGUAAGCGUCGAUAUUUUUCAGUUGCCGUCCAAGUAUGUUUCACAUAACUCACUGAUUAUGCGUUUAAAAAGUUUAAUGUAUCUUGGAGCAAAAGUGUAUUUUUAUUUAUAGGCUGUUCUUUUAAAGGGCCAUUUACAAUUUAGUAAUUCACUUGAAGAUUUUCUGAAAUGAAGAAACUUUGUGGAACAAACUUUGUUAAAGUUUGGAUCUUUAAGUGAUUAAGUGUUUUAUUUGAAAUUAUAAUAUUAUUUAUUUAUCAUUUUUCUUAGGCAUAUUUAAAGAAAAAUACUAUUUGGAGAACUGCAUUUACAUUUUUACAUAAAAAAUGACGACCUAGUUUAUGAUAAUUUAUGUUAAGCUGUUAUUCUAUAAUUUGAGCUAUAUAUUUUUUACACUGUGUUUUGGUCAAAGAUGACAAUGUUUUAGUCAAGUCAUUAAUAAUGACUUGAUAUAAUCUUUGAGCAGUUUUGGUCAUUAUUAAAGCUCUUGCAUUUUAGUUCCUAAUUGGUGAGAAAAGUAGGAUUUUCAUAUUUAUUUAUAUUUUAGCUAUUUAGUAUAUUUUUACUAAGUUAUAACCUCUUGAAUACAUCAGUCCGUCUUAUUCAUAUAUCAAUAAUUUAAACGUCUGAUUUGUUAUUCAGAACAUGUCAUUGAAAUUGCUUGGUUAUUGGCUUUUCAAUUUUAUUUUCUUAAAAAUAUCUAGCAAGCAACAUCUUACACUUUCAUGUUUGGUUGUAUAUUACAUUACAAGACGAAAAGCUCCUAUUAUACGAUAGAUAAUAUAAGGGUCGUGCAUUAACACGCUCAAGGAAAAAUAUUAAUCUGUCGGCCAGUGACAAAUAAUGAAUAAAAAAAAAAGAUAUUUAGUCAGUGCAAUUAGGUAAAUCGGUAAAACAAAUAGUCCAUUUCAGUUUUGAUUCAGGAAAUUUGUUAAUUUGUGCAUACUAAAUGUAUCGGCUGGGAAAAAAUAUAAGGUAACACUUUUCAGACUUCACACUUCACUUCACAAACGCUCUGUGGUAAAUUUAGAAGACCAACCUUAAUUUUCAAAGAAAUAAACUUCCGAUGUUUAGGUCUUAUUUGAUACUCGCGUCUCGUAUUAUGGUUCCAGACUUGAUAUUUUUAAUGAAUGUAGUAGAUUAUCUAAAUUCUUUAAAAUAUGCUCUGCAAAAAAAGUUUAUCCGGAUCUAACUUGGAUUAAAGAUAAUAAUUCUACUAAUGCCCUCUAGUGACAUGAUCGACGCCAAAUAUUUUUUCCUGUCGGUUUAUUAAAAACAUUUAGAAAAAGUUUUUUAUUUGUUGCAAAUAAAUAUAACGAUAAAUUUUUAAUCAUAUACUUUAAUAUGAAAUAAUAUUUUGUCUGAAUGCUGGUAUAUACAUUUUAUUUACAUCUAUUACACAUGUGGGCAAAUAUUUAUAAAAUCUCCGAUCCAUUUAAAGGAAAAAACGUGCAUAUAUAAAUUUCUUGUUAGAAGUCUGAAAUGAAAAAAACAUUUUAAAUUAUUUAUUUAAUACAUAGAUUCUGACGUUUUAGUAAUACAAUAAAUAUUUUAAAAUAACUUUUAUUAGAUAAUUUUCAAAUAUUACAUAACCUGUUUAUAUGCAAAUAUAUAGCUACGAAAAAAUUACAGCUUCUGAACGGAUAUCCUAGCUAUUUUUAUUUUAUUUUUUUUAUAUUUUUCAAUUACAUUAUUGUUUUUCAUUAAUAGCGACUAAUUAAUUAUUUUUGUACAACGCCUCAAUUAAACUAACUUAACGAAAAUAAGCAUUAUAUCCCAAAUAUAAAACGUAAAAAUAAAAUUUGUAUUUAGUAUUCGUGAUGUAAUCAUGUUGCGAAAACUUCCGAAAACAUUCCAAUUACUGUAGGAAAUGGAUAGUACUUUAAGCAAUAUUAUAAUCGAAAUUAAAAGCAAUAUAAAUAGAUUAGAUGUGUGUAAGUAAAUCUUGUUUUACUUUUUUCGGUACAAAAGGUACCAUUGCUCAAUAUUCUGAAAGUUUCGCCUUAAUCUUGUAUACGACUGGUAGGCAAUAAAUUUUUGUGCAAUAGUACGUUUUUAAGAUUAGGUUGUUAGAUUGUUUGCUUUCAUUUCAAUUCAAAUAGAAUUAUAACUAGAAUGUAAUAAUAAUAAUAAUAAAAAGAA